UCGGUAUCGUCACCGAACCGGCAACACUGUUAAGUGCAGCAUCUUUCAGCAACAAUGGAAGACAUGACUCCAAGUUUUACCCCAAACCUUACUCCAAAUCCUUCACCGUCGUUCAAAAGCCAAGAUGAAGGUCUUGAUCACAGGAGCCGGUGGUUUCGUCGGCCAAAUUCUCGCAAAGAAACUCAUCGAAACGAGCACCGCAGAUGCACUCAUUUUAGCCGAUGUCAACCCGCCUCCUAAUCCAACAUCGUCGCAAAACGUACAGUGCACCUCGGCAGAUCUCACAUCGCUUUCCGCAUGCGAAGACCUCAUCGCCCAAUCACCGGAUGCCGUGUAUAUCCUACAUGGCAUCAUGUCGAGUGGUAGCGAAGCAAACCUCGAGCUUGGUCUAAAAGUCAACUUUGAAUCUGUACGCCAGCUACUAGACACCAUCCGGAUCAAGCGACCAGGAAUCAAAGUAGUUUUUACGUCUUCCUGCGCAGUAUUUGGCCGGAAAGCAGCGGAGAAUGUAGCGACAGAGACGGAUAUUGUACCUAUGCCAGAAUCAAGCUACGGCACCCAGAAACUCAUGAUUGAGUUCCUUCUCAACGACUAUUCGCGACGCGGGCUUAUUGACGGACGAGUCGUGCGCCUGCCAACUGUCUUUGUAAGAGCAGGCGCACCAACUGCUGCGGCUUCGUCCUUCGUCUCCGGCAUUGUACGCGAGCCAAUCCAUGGGAAGGAGUCAGAAUUACCAGUCGACCCGAGCAUUGGCAUAUGGCUUACUUCACCGCGCGCGCUGGCGACAAACCUCGUGCACGCCAUUAAAGUCCCGGCGGAAAAGUUUGGGCACUUCCGCCAAGUGCUUUUACCCGGUUACACAGCUACGAGCGGAGAGAUCUUGGACGCCUUGGAAAAGAUCGCUGGAAAGGAGACGAGAGCUUUGGUGAAAGAGAGGAGAGAUGAGACUACGCAGAGGAUCGUGUUGAGCUGGCCGGCGAAGUACGAUACUGCGAGAGCGAGAGAGCUAGGGUUUAGUGAAGACGUGGGGCUUGAACAGACCAUUCGCGACUUCAUUGACGGCGAAAAGCAAGAAGCAUGAAACAUACAUAUUUCUCAACACUUUUGCGUCAGCAAGGGACAACACACAAUUGAAAGUACCGCAAGGAGGUCAGAGGUCGUAACAUUGUAUUCAUUUCGUUAUGGUUAUGCUCAUAUCCGGAUGUCUUUAGACAUGACAUCUUACUAACUAUAUACAUUAUUCCUAUUCAUCUGAUCUAACCAUAAACGGGCGACUUGGUGUAGCCAGGGAACUGCUUGAGCAGAUUCUCGUCAAGAGUC